UUCUGUUCUCUUUUCAUUUAGCAAAAUGUUGCCUACCACAUCAGUUAAUUCCCGAACUCAAGGCAAUGGGGCUUUAAACUCCAGGGAUGCUGCCAGGCACACAGCAGGGGCAAAACGCUACAAAUACUUGAGAAGACUCUUCCACUUUCAACAGAUGGAUUUUGAGUUUGCUUUGUGGCAGAUGCUGUAUCUCUUCACUUCACCACAGAAGAUUUAUAGGAACUUUCAUUACAGGAAACAAACAAAAGACCAGUGGGCAAGAGAUGACCCUGCUUUUCUUGUAUUGCUAAGUAUCUGGUUGUGUGUAUCCACAAUAGGAUUUGGCUUUGUAUUGGACAUGGGAUUUGUUGAAACAAUCAAACUACUGCUUUGGGUUGUGUUUAUAGACUGUGUGGGAGUUGGCCUCCUUAUUGCAACUUUAAUGUGGUUUAUCUCAAAUAAGUAUUUGGUAAAGCACCAAAGCAGAGAUUAUGAUGUGGAGUGGGGAUAUGCCUUUGAUGUUCAUUUGAAUGCUUUCUAUCCUCUUCUUGUCAUCUUGCAUUUCAUACAGCUGUUUUUCAUUAAUUAUGUAAUUGUAUUGAAUUCAUUUAUUGGAUAUUUCGUUGGAAAUACUUUGUGGCUGAUUGCCAUCGGCUAUUACAUCUAUGUGACAUUUCUAGGCUAUAGCGCAUUACCAUUCUUGAAGAAUACUGUCAUUCUGUUAUAUCCAUUUGCACUUCUUCUGCUGCUCUACUUGGUUUCACUAGCAAUGGGAUGGAACUUCACACAAGCACUUUGUUCUUUCUACAAGUAUAGAGUGAAAUAAACCGGACUUUAACAAAAUGGGUUGCUUGUACUUACCUCCUUGUGGAAGUCUCAGAAUAGGUAAGAGGAAGACACUCUUGUAAAUUUCUGUAAAUACAUUCUCCUCACUGUAGAUCAGUGUGUAAAGUUUUUGGUUUUCUAAAAAUUUAUUUACAGCUGCAGAUUUAUUGUAAUUCUGUAUUCUUCUGCGCUUUCUUCCUAAUGGAAAAAACUGUACAUUUCUGUAAUAAAAAGGGUUUUUUUUAAAAAAAAA